AUUAAGUUAUAGUUUAAUUGUAACGAAGAUCAUAUUCCACUUUUUAAUGUACAUAAGAGCGUUAAUUAACUCCAGAAUCUGUUGCAUUUGCUACAAUACCCUCAAAACAACAGCUGGAGUAGUACACAUUGAGUAGAAUUUUGGUAACCGUGAUUAGAUGUUGAUCUGCUGAAAGUGUUGGCGAUAUUAUCUUUCUCUGCUAUCUUUUGUGAUAGUUGGCGGUGAUUGAAAUCAAUUUGUUAGAAUAACGUGGAAGAAUUAUGAUGAUGGUUACUUUGCUAGAGGUGAUGUAAUUUGCACGAGAAUGCACAAGCGACGGCAGAGGCGGACUUCUGGAGAUAAUGGAUUUGCUUCAUGGCCAACUGUGACUGUGGUGCGAGUCAUCAGACCAUCAAACAUAUUGUGCAGGAAUGUCACCUGAAGGCAUACCCAGGGGAUUUCCUCCUAGCCUCUCCACCAGCACUUGAAUGGAUUGUCAAUCUUGACCUAAAACUAUAGGUGGAUAUAUGGCAGCAAAGAAAGCAAAAUUGCAGGAACAGUUUUCAGAAGAUGUUGCAAAAGAGGGUAGUAGCCAGAGUAAUGCUAGCAGCAAUAUCUUCCAUGGUGUGGCUAUCUUCGUGAAUGGGUACACAGUACCAUCUGCAGACUCACUAAAAAGAAUGAUGAUGAUGCAUGGAGGGAUGUAUCACCACUACCAGUCAGACAAGACAACACAUAUUAUAGCCUCCAACCUGCCAAACUGUAAGCUGAAGCAGCUGAGAACAAUGAAGGUGGUAAAACCAAAUUGGAUUGUAGACAGUGUGCAGGAGCACAGGCUGCUGGAUUAUCGACAGUAUCUUCUGUACACAUCCAGAGCACAGGCACGGUUGAAUUUUGGCCAGAGUGAAGUGGAAAGUGUGACUGUAGUUCAGGGAACAAAGACUGUUAGUGAGAAUAAUAAAUCAGCAAGCAUUAUACAGACUGACAUGUCCACUAGUGAUGUUGCUGAGGAAAAGCAGUUGUCACAUGCCACUGCACGCAAUGCCACUGAACCAAACUUCCUCUCUGAGUUUUACAGCCACUCUCGCCUGCACCACAUUUCCACAAUGGGCGCUUUGUUCAAACAGUAUGUGACACAGCUCAGGGAAGAGAGUGAUGGCAGGUUCCCUGGACAGAAGAGAUUACGGGAGUUUGGUACAAUGAAUAACAAUUCCCAGAAUUUGAGUAGUGAUAGGACGAUAAUGCACAUUGAUAUGGAUUGCUUCUUUGUGUCUGUUGGCUUGCGGGACAGGCCACACUUGAAGGGUUUGCCUGUUGCUGUCACACACGCUAAAGGAAAUAUUGCUCCUUCACAUCAACGUAAAGGAGUCGAUCUUGCAUUUGAGAUGAACUACUACAAGCAGAAAUCAGAAAUUGAGACUGUUAGCAAUGUGGAUGAGAUUGAUUCUCUGUCUGAGAUUGCAUCAUGCAGUUAUGAGGCCAGAAAAUGUGGUCUGAAGAAUGGAAUGUUCUUGGGAACAGCCCUUAAACUUUGUCCGAAUCUGAAGACCAUUCCAUACGACUUUGAGGGAUAUAAAGAAGUGUCCUACUGCCUCUAUAAUACUGUAGCAGCCUUCACACUGGAUAUAGAAGCAGUGAGCUGUGAUGAGAUGUUUGUUGACUGCAAGGAUGUUCUGCGGAACACCUGCACAUCCCCUGUACAGUUUGCCUCAUUUCUUCGACAAGAAAUUAAGGACAAAACUGGAUGUUCGGCAUCAGCAGGCUUUGGUUCUAACCGCUUGCAGGCACGUCUUGCCACAAAGAAAGCCAAACCAGAUGGACAGUUCUACUUGGAACCCUCCAUGGUCACUAACUUCAUGCUGGACAUCGUGGUAGAGGAUCUUCCAGGCGUGGGCCGAAACCUGACCAGUCUUCUGCAUGUUAUGGGUGCACGCACUUGUUCAGAUCUUCAGCGUUUCUCCCAGGCUCACCUGCAGCAAGAGUUCGGGGUGAAGACUGGUAAUGCCCUGUACAUGCACUGUCGGGGUAAAGAUGAUCGGGUGCUGAGCUUCAGCCAUCAGCGCAAGUCUGUUUCAGCUGAAGUGAAUUAUGGUAUCCGAUUCACCAGUCAGGAAGAAGCUACAGCAUUCCUGAAACAGUUGGCAGGCGAGGUUUCAUCAAGACUGAAGAAAAUCAAGUUGAAGGGUCGGUGCAUCACGCUCAAACUGAUGGUAAGGGCUAAGGAGGCACCCAUAGAAACUGCAAAGUUUCUUGGUCAUGGGGUGUGUGACCAUGUGACACGUUCUUCCACUCUUACGACUGCUGUUGCUGAUCAAGACACAAUAGCAAGAGAGGUGCUUUCAAUUGCAAAGCAGUUGUCAGUGAAACCAAGUGAUAUGCGAGGUGUUGGCAUCCAGGUGACCCGUCUGGAAAGUGACAGUAUGAGCAGUAAGUUUCUAGACAGGUUCUUGUUGCGGGCCACUAGAGGAACUCAGCAGGCCAAUUCUAGUAGAGCACCCAAGGAAGAGAGAAACACACAACAGACAGUGAGAGCCAGUAAUGUGGGCAGCCCUGUGGUACAGAAUAGGGUCUCUCCUCAGCAGGCUUCCUCCAAUAUUGCUCCACAGCAGGAGGUGUGUACAAGCAAAGGUGAACUCACAUCAAGGCUACAGUUUGAGAUCAGCCCUUAUGAAGUGUGUGACUUGGAUGAAGAAGUGUUAGCUGCCUUGCCAGAAGAUAUCAGGCAGGAAAUUCUACAGACAUGCCAGUCCAGCAGCAAUUUACAGGUACAGAAGGAUGAAGUAGUGACCAACAUGAAGUCUCCAGUUAUUGAACAGGUUGACAUGUCGCUGUACAAUUCAAUGACCGUAAAUCAGGUUCGGUCUCUGAUGAAGGAAUGGGUGUCAUGUGAGGACACACCCCAGCCUUGUGAUGUUAGCAUGUUAGCAGACUAUUUAGAGAGGCAAGUUGCUAGUCGGAACAUAGAUGACAUCAUUCUUGUGGUCAGGUGUCUCUACAGGUGUGUGUACAAGAAAAAGAGUGGUGUGUGGCAAGAGGCUUAUCAUAACAUCAUGAAGAAAGUGCAGGAUAUGAUGCUUGUUGUUUAUGGAGCUAAGCUGAAGCUGCAGGACACAUUCACAUGAGCAUCUAUAUGGCCAUAUGUUAUGUACACAUACGUACAUCUUUAUGACAUUCCAUUGAUCCUUAAGAUAGUCAGAUAACAGUUAUUUCAAGUACAAUUCAUAAUACUACUGUGUGGGAAAUGUUGGCAUUUCAAUCUGUUUUGUAAAAAUCACCCUUUCAGUAUGUUUAGUGAAAUCCAUCCAGCAUUUCAACCUCAGAUUCACCCAUGAAGUUUGUAUAAGUAAAAUACAUUAUUAGUAUUACUACAUUUAUGAACUUUGUCCAUUAUUUUGGGUAUUCUGAACAGUUCACAGGAUUUGAGAUUCUGGAUCUGUUUCUGUCCUCAUGUGAAAAGGUAGGGAGUGUCUACUCUGUUGGGUCCAUUAGAAACAGCUGGAUCAGUGACUGACAUUUACUCUUACUAAUGGAUACAACCAACUGAGUUUACCUGCCCCAACCCCUUCACCCUAGAAUGGAUAACAAAUUCAGUUUUCAAAACAUGGUGUUCUGUUCACAGUACAAUUAGAUGGACGAAGCCCAGAAAUUCAUUAAAACUAAUAGAAACAUACCAUCAUUGGAACUCUAGAAUUGAUUGGUAACAUAAGCUUUGGCAAUAACAGCCACCACAUGAAAAAAUAAAGACAAAACAGUAAAUACUUUAAUCAUUGGAUACCAGUCACUUUAUAGCAAGAACAGUAAUUUAUAAACAGAAAUUUUACCAUUUAAAACUGAUGUUCAAAAAGAUUGUGUAUUUAUGUACAUCUUAACAUGAAAGGCUUGACUGUGACCAAAUGUAUUUUCUCAAAAUGUGCUAUAGGAUACGUGAACCAAGACUUGGCAUGCAUAUUUGAUUUUGAACCUCACUGGCUUAUCAGUUUUGUCGGCAGAUGAAAAUAAAUUUCCAGCCCCUAAACUAUUUGUAAUAUUUAUGUUAAAUAAUUACAAGGCAAAAUCAUGGAAUCAA